AUGCCCGUGGUCUUUCGUUUUAAUGACAAGUCUGUGUCACUGCAUGUAAACGAAGGUUGGAGCAUACUGUUUCUCAAACAGCUCGUCUGCUCGAAGCUUGAUUGCGAUCCCCAUACCCACUUUCUUGCCCACCAAGGCGUUCAACUGAGUGAUUGGGACGGAGUUUCUAAUUUUGCUUUCUUGAUAUCUGAUGAUGCUUCCAUUGAUGUUCUUCCACACUCCACUAUCAACAACUGCUACGUUCUCUGCUAUCACUGUGAUAAUGUGACUCCCGCUGUAUUUACCACUGUUUGUGACAAAUGUGCUUCUCCCAACUUCGAAGUUUUGUCUGAUAUUGCCAACCCUGAGAUUCAAGCAGUAAGUGGCACCUGCAAAGAAUGCAACAACACCUCCGCCAAAGUUUCAAUCAACUGCUCAAAGGAUGUAACCCACAGUCCAACCAUUUUCCUGAAACAAGUUUUUAGAAACUUCGACCACUUGUUAUGCGUUGCGUGCUGCAGCAAAGCCAGCGACAUCGUGGUUAAGUUUUGUGAAAACCGUGGCCACAUCCUCUGCCUUGACUGCUUUCGCACUUAUGCUGAAAGCUACCUAUCCGACGCCAGAUACGUGCUAAUUUCUGACAUCGGUUAUACUCUUCCUUGUCCGCUUGGAUGCCCGGUGUCUUACAUUUCGGAUACCCAUCUUUUUCGUAUUCUAGGUAAAGUGUUCUACUCCCGCUACAAGGAGUUCGCCGCUAAACUCUUCUGCUACACAGAAGGUUGUUUAUCUUGUCCCAAUUGUGGAACUUUUUGGGAAAGACCAGAUGACAAAGCUCAGAACGCCUGGGUCACUUGUGAGGAGCCAUACGGCUGUGGAGUGGAAUUUUGUUCCAAUUGUCGCAGUAUUGUCUCCGGUGAAGGUAACCCCUCUCGAUGCACAUGUAGACAAGGUAAAGCAACUACAGAGCGAUCACUGCUUGACCAGAUUACUCGUUGUGGAAUAUUUGGUACUUGGAGUGGUGUCCAGUUAGACUCUUCGGAUUUGGCAACUUCCUCUCUCAUUGCAGUGACCUGUAAGAGCUGCCCUCGGUGUUGCAGUCAGACCAAUAAAGAUGGCGGUUGUAAUCACAUGGUGUGCACUGUUUGUGGUUUCGAAUGGUGCUGGAUAUGUCACUCCCCUUGGUCCAGAACUUGUCAAGCGAAUCAUUGGUUCUAG